UAUGAAUAACCAUAAUAUUUUUAAGAAUCCAGUUUUUUUGUAUCAUUAGCGUUUUUUCAAUGUUUAUAGUGUCUGUCACAAUCAUAAUUUCAUACUUUUUACCGAAAUCAGAAAUUAGUAAUUAAAUAGAAAUCAGCAAUCAAUAAGUUAGGAUCAAGGAGCUGUUAAUUAAUAAGAAAAAGAGCAUGAAGAAUCUGAUUGA